UAGAGUGUACAUCCAUUAUAAAGUUUGCUGUUAUUAAUUUUGCUGUUGCUUGUUUGUGUUUUAACGUUUAAUAUAAAGGUUGCAAUUCAAAAGUAAUUCUUGCAUUUGGACUGAAAAGCAGCUUUAUUUCUGAAGGCACGCUUUUGUUUGUCCAAGUCACCUCAUGUCUUGUUUUCACCCGGAGGUUGUUUUUCCCGUGUAAGGUGCACUAGUGGGUCGCGUGGGACUAAUUUACCACAGAGCUUUGAUCUUCUACAGUCUCAUUAUGCGCGUGUCCCAUUUAGACCAGACUUCACCAGCCGCGAGCUCAACUUAAAAAGGAUUUUCAAACUAAUCAGCCAAUUCAGCUCAAUGUAACAUUGUUGGUUAUCCUUUAUGUUCUUCAUCGUUUCUGGUCAAAUGAGUAAAAGUAACACAGCAGCUGCUCUCGAUCCAUUCCAGACGAUGUUGUUCUGCUCCAGCCUUUCUCGUUGUUUCAGGAUUUUGUAACAGCGGAGCGCGCGGGGUGUGUGGCGAUUCCGAACAGUCAAACCAGAUCUGUCGCGAGCCUUGGAAAAAGAAGACGGCUGGAAAGUGGACAUCAACUCAUUUUGACAUUUCUGGCUUUUAAUGAUCUGUUUUGUCUUGAACAGGUGGGGGAAGGACUUGCUUGAGCUUCUUUUUAAACCCAAAAUAUCAUUUUGUUCCUAAGAUGAUGAUGUUGAUUAACAACAACAACAACAUACAAUGGCACGUGCUGCGUAAACAUUUGUUAGCCUAUUGAUUUCUGUGAGCUUUCCUCAGGAUAAAAUAAAUAAAUAAUGAUUUUUAAUUUUGCAUGCGUUUAAAUUCAUUCUGAUCUGUACACUUGGUCACUGUAUUUUGAUGGGGGUGUGAAGGCUCAUUUUCCUCGAGACUUAUUUUUUCAAGGUCGGGAAUGCAUUUCGAUCAGCUGCUGGCCACAGUCGGUGGCUUUGGGAGAUACCAGAAGCUUUUGUAUGUGUGGAUAUGUCUGCCGCAGAUUUUUCUCGCAUUCCACAUGAUGGCGAGCGUCUUCACAGGCGCCACGCCACCCCACCAUUGUCGGGGUUCGAGGAUGGAGGACUGGUCCCUUACCGCCGCCAACCUUUCAAAUGUGAAUCUGAGCAUCUCCCUUCUGCCAGAGCAUGCGGACUCGUGCACAGUAGUUUCAGGAAAGAACGACUCAAGUUGUGAGACAGGAUGGGUGUACAGCCACGAGAUCUUCCAGAGCACCACUGUCACUGAGUGGGAUCUGGUGUGUAACAAGGCAGGUCUAAACAGUCUGGGCUCGUCUGUCUAUAUGCUGGGGCUGCUGGUAGGAGCUGUUGUGUUUGGAGCAAUGGCAGACAGGUGUGGGAGAAGGUUUGCCAUGCUCUUGUCUUUAGCCCUUCAGACAGUGUUUGGUGUGGCCGCUGCCUUCGCUCCAAACUUCCCCGUUUAUGUCACCCUGCGCUUCAUCAUAGGAAUGUCAGUGUCGGGUGUGAUAAUCAAUGCGUUUGUGCUAGGCACAGAGUGGACAUGCACACAGAGACGGAUGCUGGCCGGCAUCUUCACCGACUACUUCUUUGGUUUCGGCUACAUGCUGCUGGCGGGUGUGGCCUAUCUCAUCAGAGACUGGAGGAAGCUGCAGAUUGCAAUCUCUGCACCAGGCUUUCUCUUCAUAUUCUAUAUCUGGGUUCUUCCACAUUCAGCCCGUUGGCUGUUGGUGAAUAACCGAAAGGAGGAGGCGAUUGAUCUUCUGCGUAAGGCAGCUACGGUCAAUGGUCGCACCUUACCUCCAACUGUUCAGGUGGAGCGAUACGAGGGCCCACAAGGACGCAGUCAGUAUACGGCUGUUGAUCUGCUCCGAACUCCCCAGAUGAGGAGGAGAGCGCUCAUACUCUUCUAUAUCUGGUUUGUUAAUGUGUUGGUGUAUUAUGGUCUGUCUCUGGGUGUGUCUGACCUCGGCGCAGACCUUUACCUCACUCAGUUCAUGUUUGGAUUGGUGGAAAUUCCAGCAAGGUCACUGGUUUUGGUUCUCCUGCCCUGCAGUCGACGAAUCCCACAGAGUGUGUUCCUGGCUGUGGGAGGUGGUGCAUGUCUGCUUACCCUCAUUGUUCCAGCAGACAGUGCUCAUAUUCGAACUGCUUUGGCCAUGGUGGGGAAAUUUGGAAUUACAGCAUCUUUUGCCAUCAUCUAUAUUUAUUCUGCAGAACUGUUUCCAACUGUUCUCAGACAAACAGGUAUUGGUGUUUCUUCUAUGUUUGCACGGAUGGGUGGAGUAUUAGCGCCACUAAUAAACCUGCUUGGACGCCACACACCUGUUGUGCCAAUGGUGAUAUUUGGCUCCACCCCUCUGCUUGCUGCAGUGUUAGCCCUAGCAUUGCCUGAGACUGCCAAUCAACCACUACCAGACAGCAUUUAUGAUACAGAGAGGUCUACUCUGAAAUAUGACGGACAGAUUCCUAUACAUACCAGCCAAUCACCAAGCAGCACAGAAGGACAGGAACUGCAGAGUUUAGCAGAUGAGUCCAGAUAGAUAUAAAUGAUCACACACAAACUCUAUGAAGUCUCUCUUUGUAGUACAUUUGAUUAUCAGUCCUGCUGAUGAACGGUGAAACUUGCGAAUGGUUUAGGUUUUGAUACAUUUUAAUACAUUAUCUUUUUUUUUUUUUGGAAUGGCUGUAGGUUGUGUAUUUGACUGAAUUACAUCAGGACCAGGGCUGUAACCACCAUAGACAUUGAGGGGGACAAGUCUCCCAAUAAUUAGAAAUAUCCAAUUGUGCCCCCCGAUAUUUGCUAUUCUAGAUGCUGCUCUGCUGGACUUUUCUGUUUGUCGUUCGGAUGACAAAAAGUAAAAGUUAAAUUUUUAGGCUGCUCUGCCUCAGCGCUCGUCAAUGUCAAAAUUAUUGAGAUAGCCAAUCAAAUCAAAGAAGGCGGAGCUUACUGUUCACUAAAGAUGAGUGCGAAUUCCAGCAAGAUGCUUUAAAGGAUUAGUUCACCCAAAAAUGAAAAUUCUGUCAUUAAUUACUCACCCUCAUGCCGUUUUACACUCGUAAGACC